GUCACCGCCUGAGAUCCAUAAUCGAACAGAAGUAACCAAUAACCAUCCCCCCUCUGCUCUCCCUCGCCCCUCCCUUCUUUUCUUUCCCCAUACUUCAGUCUCUGCUUUCGUCUUAUCUUCAAAAGGCUAGUAUUGAAAAUGCUGCCAAGAGCAUUGAGGAUUGUGAACAGUGGGGCUAAUAUUGGCUUCUUGAGGCUAUUUACAAGAUAUGUAUCCGUUUCAAGCAGAGCUGUAAUGGACAUUGCUGGUAAAGAUGGGGAACUAAGAGUGUUCAUUGUUGCUGGGGAGGUUUCAGGGGAUACUAUUGGUUCUCGUCUUAUGGCGUCCUUGAAGAAGCUCUCUCCUACUCCCGUUCGUUUUUCUGGUGUUGGAGGGUCAAUGAUGUCCAAGGAAGGAAUGGAAUCUCUGUUCCCAAUGGAGGACAUUGCAGUAAUGGGGAUAUGGGAGUUGUUACCACAUCUGAAUAAGAUCAGAGCAAAGUUGAAGGAAACAAUUGAGGCUGCUCUUCUAUUUCAGCCUCAUGUUGUUGUGACAGUGGACUCCAAAGGAUUCUCAUUUCGUCUCCUAAAGCAGUUGAGAGCUAGAUACAGUUGGCAAAGAUUGGAUAGUCCUGUACACUUCCAUUAUGUGGCACCAUCAUUUUGGGCGUGGAAAGGGGGAGAAGCAAGACUCCAAGGUCUAGCCAAUUUUGUGGAUCAUGUUUUUUGUAUAUUUCCAAACGAGGAAACAGUUUGUAAGUCUAAUGGAUUGGCUGCAACCUUUGUGGGCCAUCCCAUUCUGGAAGAUGUUUUGGCAUUGAAUUUGGGAAAGCAAAUCUCACCAUUUGAAUGCAAAAUAGAGGGAAAAAAUGAAGAUUUCCGAAGUAAAUUUGCAAUACCUCCUGGUGCCACAGUCAUUUCCUUGCUUCCGGGAAGCAGAUUACAAGAGGUCUCUAGGAUGCUUUCAAUCUUUGCAAAUACCAUGGAACAGUUAAAAGACUCUUUUCUUGAGUUAAUUAAUGUCAUUCACAUAGCACCGAAUCAGGAUGUGGAGAAUUACAUAAGGAGUUUUGUUAAUAAGUGGCCUGUGCCUGUUAUAUUGAUUCCCGGAGGUCAACCACACACAAAAUAUGAUGCCUUUAGUGCCAGUAGUGUUGCAUUAUGUACUUCUGGAACAGUUGCUGUGGAGUUGCAGCUUGCACGCUUGCCAUGUGUAGUUGCCUAUCGAGCCCAUAUCCUAACUGAAUGGUUUAUUUGGUAUAAAGCAAAGAUACAAUACAUUUCUCUGCCCAAUAUACUUAUGGAUUCUGCUAUAAUUCCUGAAGCUCUCUUUCAAGCAUGCACGCCGACAAAUCUAGUCUCAUUGCUUAUGGAACUCAUGCACAACAAGGAACUUCAAGAAAAACAAAGGGUUGCUGCUGAGAAGGUAAUUAGCCUCCUGUUUCCUUCAGAAAGAAUUCUAAACAACUUGGCAGCACAUGUUUCAGGAACGAGUUUUUCAAAUACCACACCAAGCAUGAUAGCAGCAUCCACCAUAUUGUGCCAUGUAAAAUCAUGAAGACUAAUUCACUGGGUUAAUUGGACUCGCCAUUGGUGAGCUUUAACUCCUGUAAUACUGCUUUUUUAACUUCUAUUUGUAUUUUAAAACUCUCUAGAUUUUUAUUUGUUAACUGUGAAAUCACUUUCAGCCGCAAAGGUUUCUUGAUUAUAAGUGGUGGCAUGACGAGCAUCUUUCCCCU